GGAAUGCUCGGAAUUACUAAUUAGAUAUUUUAAGAUAUUUCAAAUUUCAAUUUCUUGAAUCGUAUUGUAAAGUAAUGUGUGGUAGUGCGGUAGCUUUUAUUAUUUAUAAUUUAAAUAUUGUUGUUUAUUUUUAGUAGUUAAUAUUACCUAUGCGGUGAAAAUUGUACUCAUAAUAUUGUUUUGUGUUGGAAUUAAAGAAUUGAUCGUGAAAAGAAAAUGUGCGGCCGAACUGCCUGUAACUUGAGAUGUGAAACUUAUUGCAAAGCGACGAGCUAUAAAAAACGUAAUGACACAUUGUAUUGUCAACCAGAAUGGCUCGAUGAAAUGAAUGGUAACUUUGAAUUUAAGCAGUCCAACAACAUAGCGCCUACUGAUGUAACUCCUAUUCUUGUUUCCGGCGAAGAAUUUGUAGGCUACCCAUCUAGGAUAUUGACACCUAUGAUAUGGGGUAUGAUACCACCCUGGCAUAAGGGAAACUUUAACAAUCAUGGAUUAAGCACAAACAAUUGUCGAAUAGAAAAUGUAACAAAUUCAAAACUGUACAGUGAACCGUUGACUAAUGGAAAACGAUGUAUUGUAAUUUGUGAAGGUUUCUACGAAUGGAAAACUACAGAAGGAGUUGGAAAGAAAAAGCCUUACUUUAUACACAUGCCACAAAAAAAUGGAGUUUCAGUUUAUGAUACAAAUGCUUGGGAAUCGGCUCAAUGGACAGAGCAAUCUGGGUGGAAUGGACCAUCUCUAAUUCAAUUAGCUGGUAUUUACAAUAAAUGGAAGUCACCCCAUGGUGAAGUUUAUAGCUAUUCAGUUAUCACAAUGGAAUCGAGCAAGACAUUUUCUCAACUUCAUCACAGAAUUCCUGCAGUCUUAGAUAAUGAACAGCUUAUAGAGGAUUGGUUAGAUACCAGAAGGGUGUCUGAAAGUCGAGCCAUCUCUAUGCUUCGCCCUAUUGAUAAUCUGAUGUGGUAUGAAGUGUCAAGCAUAGUUAACAACUCACGUAACAAAAGCGAGGAUUGCAAUAAGCCAAUAUCUAAAAUAGUUAACAAAAGCAGCACUUUUAUGACAUCUUGGUUAGCAGGAAAAAAUAAAAAAACUGAUAGUAAUGAUGAAGAUCAAAUGAGGAAAAAACAAAAAAACUAAUAUUCAGUAUUGUAAAAUGUUUAUUGAUAUUAUAUUUAUAAGAAUAAUAUUUUCAAAAUAAAA